GAACAAAGUCAAACAUGCAAACAUUAUUACAUUUUCGCUAGUUUUAGCGUUUUGAGACAGUCCGAACCCACGCCCAACGUUGUCCUUAUUAGACUGCUCCUUCCUUACACUUUUAUUAGCUUGAUUAUAUCCAGGCGAAAAUGGUUUGAGAGAACAGAGCAGCAUUUCAUUGAUUCCCAUUUGGUUGUUACGAAGGGGAGAAUGACAAACAAAACUUGGCACAACAAAACACGUACGUAACAAACUUUGGAACGUAGUAUUAAACGGGACCACUUUUCCAGGUUAAUCAAUCAACAGCAGGGAUAUUUGCACGCACCUUUAGAAUGGCCGAUUACAAGUUCAGAUUUCCUGUGCAAGUCGUGGCCAUAAUUGAUCUGGUUAUGACCAUCGUCUCAAUUUACCUCCUCGUCAUGUUCUUCUUUCUCACGGUGGCUCUCAGCUCUUGUCUCUCCACGAAGGACGACUGUUCCUCCUUCGUGGAAAUGGGUGGGGGUGGUCUGGCCAAAUUUGGGCUUACUUUUAGAAAGUCGUCUUCCUCGUCUUACUCUCAUGCAGUGAUUAAUUCGGGUUAUCCUAAUAGCGAUAACGCUGAUUCUUUUGAGGAUGACGAGAGUAAAGAAGACAAUAACAACGUGGACGAGUUUAGAAAACCCUUUGAAGAGUUCGGAUUUGACAAUAGGAAUCGGAAUCCAGGACAGACGAAAGAAGUCGAUCUAAAUUUUGGAAGUAAUCGAAAUUCGGAAAGAAAUCAUGAUAGUUUUGGAAGGACUCGAAAUCAAAAUCAGAAACCUUCCGGAUUUGAAUGGUUCAUAUCUCAAGAACCGAAAGCUGACUUUCUCCAAAUUCAGGCUGCUGGAGGUCAAGAAAAAGAUGAUGGAAAAUUCACGGGUGCCAUGCGUGUCCUCUUCAUAGUCAUUGUUAUCGUAUUUUGGAUUUUCUUUGCAAUUGCGGCGAUUCUCGAAAUUGUUAUGCUCGUUGCAGCCAUACGCCUCCUUAUCAGCACAAAAGAGGGAAAACAUCCAAGUGACGCUUUAAGAUCUGCGAAUUGUUGGAGAAUUUGUUCUGCCAUUUUGACAGUCCUCUUUGUCCUUAACUUUUUUGGGGGAGCUGGUCAAACCAAUUUGGAGAGCAUUGUGGUGGGAGGUGCCAACGUACUUUUUCGCGUCAUCGGAAUUAUUCUAGUUUCUCUUUACAUUCGAGAGUUAAAAACUUUCCAAACGCCACAAACUGGGCAAAAGUACUACGACGUGGGCGGAAGUGGGGGGCAGAUGAUGCCUCUGACUGAGCAGAGACAGGUGGAAUGGAAUAUGCCGCAGAAUGUUUAAUUAAAUGCUUCUUACAUACAUAUUACUCAAUGUGAAAUUAUGUACUUGUGUAGCAGGGGUCGAUUUUACUUAAUUUUUUGUACCAUUGGAGUCAUUUACCAAUUCGAAUGUGUGCUUUAUGAUGAUCAGUCGUAUUUACUACAAUUUUAUUCACUCUGUUAAUUUUACAUACCUAAAUUGAACUGCAUGUAGUACGUAAACAUGUAAUUGGUGUGUUUUCAUUUGUAUUUAACCAAUAAAGCAAUCAAAUGGACA